AACCCAUUUUUGAGGAAAAAAGAAUCAGUUUACCUACUUAAAUCUGAUUUUGGGAAAAAAAUUAUUACUUCUUAAAAAAGAAAAAAACAAUUUAAAACUCCAUAACUUGAAUGCCAAACAAAUCCUCAAGUUUUACAGUUAAUUUCGGUACCAACUCGGCCAUGCCUAAUUGGUCACCGCCUGACAGGAACAUAAAUCAAAGAGGAUUGGUACCCAACAAAAGAUUAAGAUGUGCCUUGUUCAACCCUUUAUCAAAAACUGUCAGAACAGAGAAACCCUAAAGACCCACUGAGUAGUUCCAAGAAAACAAACGCACCUUUCAUCCACAAGUAACAGAAUCUUAAUCACAUCUCACCACGUACUGAGUUUCAUACCCAAACUAAUCCACAUCCAUUUUAGGCUUAUUUAAGAUCACCCUCUUAAUUGGAUAAGUUGUUUUAUCCAUUUUAGGCUUAUUAAAGAUUAAAUUCCUUUUUCUUUUCUUUAUAAAAAAAUCAGAUGUUUUUUUGGAUAAGUGGUAUUUGGACCGAUAAUAAGGGCCAAAUUGCCUCUAAAUAGUUUUUUUUUUUUUUUACUUUGUAACUUUGUUAGGAAAAUUUCCUUAUAAGAGAAAAAGGACACUUCAUAAAUACUAUAAAUAGUUCCACUGAGUCCUUCCUAGUAAAAUUAGAGCCUUACCAAAGCGUUGAAAAUCAAAGAAAAAAAAAAACUCAAACUCAAUUACACCUACAACACCCAUUUCUCUCUCUGUCCUUUUUCUUUUUCUUUUUCCCUCAUUUCAUUGGAUUAGUUUACUUAUGGUUGAAAAGAAUUUGAUAAAAGGGUCUUGGUUUUUAUAUCGGGUAUGUCAUAAAAAUUUAAUCUUUUUUUUUUAUUUGAGUGCCCAUCAAUGCAUCACUACAACCUUGUUGAGAAUUUGAUGCUUUCCUAGGAACAAGUUGCCAUAUUCAAGAAUUGUAGUUUUGGUUUGUUUUUAGCCUUCUUGCCAUUGAAGAAGAGAAAAAGAAAAUGGGUGAGAAGUGGAGAUUUGCAGUUCAUGUGAUAAAUGGGAGAUGGUUUUCGGUUUUUGCAUCUUUCUUAAUUAUGGCUGGGGCUGGAGCAACUUAUCUUUUUGGUACUUACUCCAAAGAUAUAAAGGCGACUCUUGGUUAUGAUCAGCAAACACUUAAUCUUUUGGGCUUUUUCAAGGAUCUUGGUGCUAAUGUCGGUGUUCUUUCUGGCCUUAUAGCUGAAGUAACACCAACAUGGUUUGUGCUUUUGAUGGGUUCUGCUAUGAAUUUUACUGGGUAUUUCAUGAUUUGGCUAACUGUGACUGGCAGGAUAGCUAAGCCUGCAGUUUGGCAAAUGUGUCUCUAUAUUUGCAUAGGAGCUAAUUCUCAAAAUUUUGCCAAUACAGGAGCUCUUGUUACUUGUGUCAUAAAUUUCCCAGAAAGUAGAGGUGUGAUGUUGGGUCUUUUGAAGGGUUUUGUUGGGCUAAGUGGUGCUAUUUUUACACAACUUUACUUAGCCAUCUAUGGAACUGAUUCCAAGUCUCUUAUUCUUCUCAUUGCUUGGCUACCUGCAGCUCUUUCUGUUGUUUUUGUAUACACAAUUAGAGUAAUGAAGCCUGAGAGGCAGCCUAAUGAGUUAAAAGUCUUCUACAAUUUCCUUUAUGUGUCAAUUGUGCUGGCUUUGUUUCUUUUGCUCAUUAGCAUCCUUGAAAAACAGAUCAAUUUCUCUAGAGAAGCCUAUGCUGCAAGUGCUACUGUUGCCUGUCUUUUCCUUUUCGUACCUCUUUUAAUCGCAGUCAAAGAAGAAUGGAUCCAAUGGAAUCUCAAGAAAGAAGAAGCAAUGAAGCCACCUACUGAAUUAGCCAUACAGAAGCCAAAGGAAGUUACAGCAUUAGAACAAGAUGAAGUAGUGAAGCCUGAAGUAUCAAAAGAAAAAGCUGAAAGAUCUUGCUUUCUUACCAUAUUUGACAAGCCAGAAAGAGGUGAGGACUACACAAUUUUACAAGCACUUUUAAGCAUUGAUAUGCUAAUCUUGUUUGCUGCAACAUUAUGUGGGCUUGGUGCAAGUUUAACAGCAGUAGAUAACUUGGGUCAAAUUGGUGAAUCAUUAGGAUAUCCAACUAAAACCAUCAAUACUUUUGUUUCUUUAGUAAGCAUAUGGAAUUACUUUGGAAGAGUAUUUGCUGGAUUUGUAUCAGAAGGCUUAUUAGUCAAGUACAAAACUCCUAGACCAUUAAUGAUGACCUUCGUCCUCCUUCUAGCUUGCAUAGGUCACCUUAUCAUCGCCUUCCCUUUCACUAAUUCAGUCUAUCUAGCUUCAGUUAUUAUGGGGUUUUCAUUUGGUGCACAAUUACCUUUGCUUUUUGCCAUAAUCUCUGAGCUAUUUGGCCUCAAGUACUACUCUACAUUGUUCAAUUGUGGACAAUUGGCUAGUCCUAUUGGAUCAUACAUACUCAAUGUGAAGGUUACUGGGUUGUUAUAUGACAACGAAGCAUUGAAAGAGCUACACAAGAAGGGCUUGAAUAGAUCAUCAGUGAAAGAAUUGGUGUGCCUUGGAGUUGAAUGUUAUAGAAAGCCAUUUAUAAUUUUGUCUUGCGCUACUUUCUUUGGUGCUAUUGUUUCUCUGAUUUUGGUGAUUAGGACAAGAAAGUUUUACAGUGGUGACAUAUACAAGAAGUUCAGAGAAAGAAGCUGAGUGUAACCAAGAUUUGGUUGCACAAAAUCAGGCGAGUUUCUUGAAGACAUCAUGAAUCAAAAAGUUUUUUCAAGAAUUUAGAAUGGUAGUAUAUAAUUUGGUUAUGCAGUUGAAAAAAGCAUAUUGCACAGUACAAAAAUUAUGAUGAAGCAAAAACAGAAAAGAAAAAGAAACGAAAUUAUUCAGGUAGCUGAAUGAUAGAAAUUUGAGCAGAUAAAUGAGUUAUAGAAGUAGUGUUCUCCUUUCGUAAAGUUUUCUCUUGCAUAAUAAAAUUCAUAAGAAGUUAUUCAGAAUCAUCCACCGACUAGUUCUUGCUUCUGCUUAAUAAAAUAGAGUUUAUUUAUAACAGAUGAUUUGACUAUGAUUUUUAGUCACCUAAAUAACAGGAAUAGCUGAUAUCUUUACAUAUUUCAUUAUAAUAUUCAUAGUUGAUGAAAAGGUUUAAAUUAGAAUGUUCUUCAAUUUCACAUAAAAAAUUAUUUACUUUUUCUUUUUUAUCACAAGGAGGACAAUGGAAAUUAGAACUUGGGUCCUUUUCUACUCCUCUACCCUCACCCAAAAUCCACCAAAGUAAGCCUUAGCCAUGGAAUCCAAGAGCUUGUGGGGUAGAGAGAGACCUUCCUUAGGUUCUCCUUCUUCACUUCUCUUUCCCAUCAAGCCACUUCAUGGAGGCUAGCUUGCUUAAGACCUCCACCUUAAACCAACUGAAUCAUUCAUAAUUGACCAGAAAUUAAAAUUUCAUUUUCAUUUAAGGGAUAAUCAUGUAUAAUAUUGACAUUCGUUGGAGUUCAAUGAGCCACAUAAAACAAAAUUUACAAAACUUAAAUGCUUAAAUGUUUUUCUUUUCUUAUUAAAAUAGAGAAGCAAUAAUAUAAAAAUAGAAUUAAUAAAUUAGAAUUUAUGAGAAAUCAUAAUAUUAGUUUUUUUUUCCAAUCAUUUAAUUAAAUAAUAGUAAUUUAUUAAAAGGAUAUUUAACUGGUAAUUUUAACAAGUCAUAACAUAUAUUGAAAGAUAUCAAACUUUUUCCCGUUUGUCUUGUCUAGGGCUUUAGAGGAGGAAAGUAAUAUAAUCUGAGUUUAUCUGUGUCCAAAAUAAAUAAAUAAAAAAAGAAAAAGAAAAUCCGGUUUAAGCUUACCAAGCCGGUUUGGUAUAAGUCAUAAACCGGUUCGGCCCAGUACCCCGUUUCCCUGAUUAUGUUGAAAAACCGCGAUCAAUUUCGCGCUUCUCCCUCUCCAAAUUUUAGGGAACAGAGAGAACACGCAAACUAUAAACAUAGAGAUUGCUUUUAGAGAGAGAAGGAUUGCGGAGAAAUAUAGAGAGAUGCUGAACAUAGACGAUCCUCUUGAUUUCGAAUCUGAAGACCCACUUGCUAGUACUCCUGCUAUUACCCAGAAAAGG